AUGUCUACCGCCCGCGCGACAAUGGGCUUGGACGUUACUUCAAUACUUCAGAUAUUCAUCGGAUUGUUCGUGGCCUGCACCUUCGCUUUGUGUCAAGGAAAGAAAAAGGUGAAAAAUGAUGAAAAUCAAGAAAAAUAACAUACUUCUCGAAACUUUCUCGGAUAUGUACCAAACAUUUGAUAAGGGCUCUUUUUUGCUUUGCGUUAUUUUUUUGCACAGUACUUCCAAUGUUCCAUGACCGUGCUGGUGAGAGAAAAGAGUGAGCAGACAGGUCAGACUGUUUCAAGGCGUGACGAAUGAAGUGUUGAACUUCUCUCUAAGGAUUAGUAUUUCGCGUCUCUUUCCAGCUUUCCAACCUUUUGACUUUUCAUCAAAUCGUCUCAUACUUGCUCAUCUUAUAGAUUUUUUCCAAGCUCAAUCUUGCGAUUUCUGCCAUAUAGUCUGUGUGCCACGACUUGAAAUUUCACGGAACGACAUUUCGCUGUGCCGCUGCGCGUCUUUGCGAACCAUGGUCGCGCUUUUAAUUCUUUUUUUUUCUCUUAUUAAAUGUCAUUACUUGCAAUAUUAAUCAAUUGAAAGCGUGAUCUAGAUUCGAAAGACGCGUCGCGAACGCACGCAGCGGAACAGCGGAAUUUCGUUCCGUGAAAUUUCAAGUCGUGGCACACAGACUAUAUAACUUUUUCCCAACACAGGAAAGUUCGGCGACAUCGCGAGGCCGAGGAACCGCGUUAUCGCUUUCGACGCCGGCGCCUCCCCCGUCGACAACUCCAGCCACUCCAGCCGGCACCGAAAAACCAUCCAUCCUCUCGACCUCUCCUUCUAACCCUAAAAAUGAGAGCAAGGCUUCAGCCAUAACACCUUCAUCCAAGCUCUCGCAGGCUUCCAAGGAAACCCAGAAGGAGAAACCGAAAAGCGAGCCCAAGUCUUCCGAUAAAACGGAUAACCGAGCGCUCUGGGUUUCGAAAAUCACUAAGAGGGUUACUUAUUCAUUUAUUGAAUUCCUGAGAAUCUGAACUUUUUAGAAGUGCAAAGAAAUAUCUCUGGAACAUAAGGAAAAGCUCAAGGGUUAUGCUGCGCCUGGCAAGACCUACAAGGUCCACGACGCGAACCCUCUCAAGAACAGGUCCAUUGAGAAGAAAUAUUUUUCCGUUCUAUCAGUCAAUAUUCGUUUUACUGCUUCAUAAGAUGUUAUUUUGAGAUAUACCGACGUCUUGUGCAUCGAUUCGACACGCGUGAUUUUGAAAAAUCGAAAAGAAGACUACAUCCACGCCUCGUGGAUCACGAUGCCCGACAAGUCUUGCAGCUACAUUUGUACACAGGUAUCUAUAUUUUCGUUUUUUGUUCGAUCCUAUAGUUUUUUAAGAAUUUGUCGAACAGGUAAAGCAAACUUUUUUGCUUCGAUGAUUUUUAUCGCGCCCGACGAUGAUCCUUUAAUAGGCGUUGGUUUAACUGCCCAAGCUUGAAGUUAAAAUUAGAUCUGACCCAUGAAAAAAGAGUCAAGAUAAAUUUUGAAACUGCUUCUCUUCAGAGGAGCAAAACAAUAAAAUUUCACGACAAAAUAUCCCCGUUAUCAAUAUUUGUAAAAGUAUCAUUGAACAGGACUAAAAAGUUUGAAAUAAUCAUGUUCCAGGGCCCUCUGCCAGAAACGAUUGCCGACUUCUGGGCGAUGAUCCAUCAGGAGAAACCGAAAUUUGUGAUUAUGCUCUGUAAUCUGGUCGAAGGUAGCUGUUAGACUGUCGUAAAAGCUUGUUGUGAUAUUUAAAGGCGCAUAGAGUGUUUUCAUGAGGGUUUCAAAGUGAAGAGUUGAUUUUUGCAGGUUACUUAAGACCUUUAUAAACUUUGAACGCCUCGAAAGCUUUUUACAAGAUGUGAAAAAACUCGAAAUUCACCAGGCGGUGGCCAAAAGUGUGCUCUGUACUACCCGGAAAAAGUUGGCACCAAGGAGAACUACGACGGUUUCGAAGUGCAUUUCGUCGAGGAAAAGCCUGAGCCGGUGGAAGGCGUCGUCUGCAACGUUCUGCACGUCACCCACAAGUUGGUCUAGGAAACAUAUGAAUAGGCUCAUCUCCGUGAAACUUUGCUAAGAUUUUUCUCCAGGGCUUCCUGAUAAAGCUCUCUUUUUAUGAACAUGAAAUUUUUUUGAAAAAUAAUUGGAUUAUGAUUAUUGACGGUCUGCUCUAUCGAAUAGUAUGAAAAACAUAAUUUCGAACAGUUUUGAAAAAAAUGGCCUGUGGUCCUACAUUUUACAAGUAUAUCGUCAGUCUUCAGGAGAGAUUCACUUUGUGAGAUCAAAUCCAAAUAAAAAGCUCUCGACUUUUGUCAAGUUAUGGUGCCUAUAACUAUACAUUCCACAGAAGUAAUUCUUUUUUCUUGGCCUAAAAUAGCCUGCAUUUGCAGUUCAUAUGCAAACCGUUUGCGAUACGUUUCUGGCGCCGGUUUAAAAUCUUUCGCUUUUUAAUAUUUUGGUCGAGUUUCGCGUUGCCCACAUUAAUUUUUCAUAAAUUUAUUUUCAAAAAAGGUUAUUAAUAUUGUACAGAGAUCACUUCUAUAGAAGAACUUCACUAAUUCGAUAUUUUUUGAAUUUUUUUGAAUUGGCUCAAGUAAAAAAAUCGAAAUUUUUUUCUUUGACUUUGACGUUUGGAAAAAUAUUUCAAGUUGGGUUCAUUUUCAUCUCCCUUGUGAGACCUAACGAGUCAAACUCUCUUGCAGAGGAGAGCAGCACGAGUUGCUCCAUUUGAUCGUGCCGUGGUGGCCGGACCAGCUUGCUCCAGCUGACGCCAAGCCCAUGGUUAAACUCUACUUGUGGGUCAAAAGCAAGUUGAUUUUUUUGAUUUUUUUCGAGUAUCUUUUUAUUAAGGUAAAAUGAAAAUGAGAUAAAAAAUAAUGAGUUGGGUGUUCAUGAGGAUAGUGUAGAAGUGGAACGGGUGCCUGGUUUUCGAAAUCUUUCUUCAUUUCGCCCAAGAUUCCAAUUAGUUUUUGAAGCUGGUUUUGCUGGAAUUAUCAUGCAAGUUGAUUAUAUGUACAUAAAAUUUCGCAUACCUUAAAAAUUCUUCUUCAUAAGAAAAUUCAGAAGACCAAUCCGAAAAAUGCGCCGAUCGUGGUCCACUGCUCCGCUGGAGUCGGACGAACCGCCACUUUUGUCGGUAAACUCAGCCUUUUCCGAAAAGUUUUAGUGGCCUUUUUAGGGUUUGGUGUCAUAAUAAAGCUUGAGUUGAAGCUCAAGUGGCUCCUAUCACAACUGAAAAUUCGCAUCAUUUUAUUAAAAAUGAUUAAAAUCCAACUCGAGCAAAGAAUGUAUGAACAAAAUAAUAAAAAGGCAAAAGUUUGUUGAAAAACUUGAUGUUCUGUUCAAACUCAGUAACCACUGUUUUUAGGAAUCGACUAUGCCAACGUAAGACUGCAAGAAGAGCCGAACCUCGACCUGAUUGACAUUGUCAAAGAGAUGCGAGCUAUGCGUUACCAGGUUAAACUUCACAAGUUUCGAAAAAUAUAAAACAAACUUUUUAGGCGAUCCAGUCCCACGUACAGUACUUGUUCUUGCAUGUCUGCCUCCUCGAAUAUUUCAUUCAGGUGAGAUUUUUCAAAUAGGUUGAGUUGUAUGAUGUAUUUUAUUAGGUUUUAGAUCCAAGUGUCUUCUUUAGGGUUCACACUGAACUGUCAAUAUAUUAAUUAAGAUGAAAUCCGCUUUUCUCCGACCUUGAUUAGAAUUUUAAAGCACUCUUUCUCUUUUAAUAUUAUAUAUUUUGUAGUUUUUUUCUCAAAGCUUUCUUGGAGCUACUAGUUUGAAAAAAAAAAAUUAAAAAUCAGAAGAUUUUCCGCCCUCAUGGAUUGAGCUGAUUUUUCCAAAAAACUUUUAGGAGAGUUUCGUGAGACGCGACGCGCCCAUCGAGCAAUUCAUCGAGCAAUACAAGAUGCACGCUCUGAAAAAGCUGGAGAAGCGCCGCGGGGAGGACGAUGAAAACCACGACCGACAGAAGGCCGACGACGAAAAGGAGAGGGAAAAGUGAGGCAUUUAUGAUGUGAAUUUAAUUUUUGAGAUAUUUCUAUAACCUUAUAAAAAAAGUUUCAAGAACAAUGACGUCAUUUAAAAAUGAUCUCUGAUUGGUUGGUUGCGACACAUAGGGGUUGGAGCUCAAGCAGUGAAUGCUCUUCAAAAUCUCUCGAAAAAAUUGAAAGGAAAAUCUUAGCCCUUCACCAACAAAGUCAACUUUUCAGGAAACGUCAUUCGACAAAAUGA